GCCCAUAUCCGUGCAUGAUCCAUCCGGCCACAUGCGUUAUUAGUAGCGGGCGGUCACGCAAAGAAGUCAGGUGGGUGAAGCAAAGUGAGGAGGGCGGGGGUAGAGGCGAGGCGAGGCGAUGACCGGCUCCACCUCCGCUCCCCGGGUAUAAAAGGCGGCGGCGGCGGCGUCCCCCCCUACCCACCCCGCGGCCCCGCCUCGGCGCCUCCCGCAGUCCCGCUGCUCUCUAGACUCCACCCAUCCGCCCGCCCGUCCGUCCGUCCAUGGCUAACCUCCCCGACGCGGACGCCGCGGGGUUCAAGCUCUUCGGCAAGGUCAUCCAGCCCCCCGACGCGCACCGCGCCGCGGAGGAGGGCGCGGCGGGCGCCCCUCCUACUCCGCAGCAGCAGCCGAUGGCGGCGGCGGCGGCGGCGGCGGUUCUUCCGCCUCCGCAGCCCCAGUCCCCGCCGCUCCCGCCGCCGGCUCUGCAGCUGCAGGCGGCCGGCGCCGGCGCGGGUGCCGGGGCCGGGGGCGCGGGCGAGCCGCUGCCGUGCCCGCGGUGCGGGAGCCGGGAGACCAAGUUCUGCUACUUCAACAACUACAACGUGCGGCAGCCGCGCCACCUCUGCCGCGCGUGCCGCCGCUACUGGACGGCCGGCGGCGCGCUCCGCCGCGUGGCCUCCGCGUCCCCGGGCCGCCGCAGGCCGCGCCCGGCCGCCCGAUCGGCCGCCGCCGCCGCCGCAAUCGCCACCGCGUCCUCCACCGCCGCCGCCGAGGAGGGGGGCGGGGAGCGUUGACCCGGCGGUCGUAGGGCGCGGCCGCUCCGCUCGCUCGAGGAUUCCUCCCCGCGUGGGCGUGACGCCGUGGCGCGGCGCCGCGCGCCGGGGCCCACGCCCCAGUGACGGGCCGGCCGGCCGGCCUGCCGGCGCGCGGCCUGCGUGGGGGCCCCCGCGCCUUGUCGCCCUUUUCACACGUAGCCCUCCUCGCCCUUCGGUUUUAUUAGGUUCUAUUUUUGAUACCUUUUCUAGGAUUCUUUUGGUGGCCAAAAGGAUGCGGCCGGCCAGCUGCGACCGCGAGAGUUAAGUUUGGUCGGCGGUUAAAAAAGUGAGCUAUGAAUGAAUCAAUGCACUAGUACUGCUGGUGCUGCUGUAAAAUUCGGCAACGGUGAAAUAGUGAACUCGGAGGUGUGGCGGAUUCAGCCAUGGAAGGAUCAUCAUCGUUCUCCAUCCCCCACUUCCUCUUGGCUGGUUCACGUGUUUUUACCCUCCGCGGUGCAGUUCA